GAGAGAGAGAGAGAGAGAGAGAGAAAGAGAGAGAGAGAGAGAGAGAGGAAGAGAGAAAGAAUAACUAGUGGGAAAGAGGAUUUUUUUUGUCCUUUAACGGGCUUGUAACUUCUAACGGUCUGUCUGUGAGACACGGUUGUCCUCAGACCGGUUAAACUGGAUCGGUGAGACGGUCACUGUGUUAUUUAAUUCUGGGUGAAGCUCCAGUUAAUGGACUAAGCUGAUGAGAACAUUGUCCAUUCCCUGUGGAGCGUAGUGCCGUGUCAUCGCAUUUAAUCACUCAGACCUUUCAAACAUGAGCCAAUUGUUCCUGUUGUGCAGUUAAGCGAAGCUCCCAGGCCUGAGCUUCCUGACACAAGAGGACCACCUGACCCAGUCUCUGUGAUAUUUUCACAAGUUUCUCGUCCCUUUACUUAAAGCCGUGCUGCGAUGUAUGGUAGUGCCCGCUCAGUGGGUAAACCGGAGGGCACUCAGAGCCCCGGACGCUCUCCACGCUUACCUCGUUCCCCUCGCCUGGGCCAUCGGCGUAAUAACAGCACAGGGGGUACGGGUGGUAAAACACUCUCCAUGGAGAACAUUCAGUCUCUAAACGCCGCCUAUGCCACAUCUGGCCCCACAUACCUGAGCGACAAUGACACUACCAUGCCCGCCUCCAUCUCUGUCUCCAUCUCAGAUGUGCCAAAGAGCACUAUGACCCUGGGCCGCUCGGGCGCUCGGCUUCCCUACGGCACACGCGCCACAGUGUCGGGCAGCAGCCCCAACAUCGCCAGCGACUCCAUUGCCUUUGGGGAUCACCACGUGCCUGCAGCUAUGGCAUCCACUGUGCCACACUCGCUGCGCCAAGCCCGCGACAACACCAUCAUGGACCUGCAGGCGCAGCUGAAAGAAGUUCUGCGUGAGAAUGAGCUCCUGCGCAAAGAGGUAGACAUCAAAGAGAGCAAGCUCAGCUCAUCCAUGAACUCCAUCAAGACAUUCUGGAGCCCCGAGCUGAAGAAGGAGCGUGCCCUUCGCAAGGACGAGGUCUCCAAGAUUGCUGUGUGGAAGGAACAAUACCGUGUGAUGCAGGAGGAAACGCAGCAUCUCCAAAUGACCAUCCAGGCUCUCCAGGACGAGCUGCGCAUCCAGCGCGACCUCAACCAGCUCUUCCAGCAGGACUGCAGCGGGACGCGGCCGGGCGAACCGUUCUCCGCCGAGCUCACCGAGGAGAACUUCCACAGGCUGCACAGUGAACAUGAAAGGCAAGCCAAAGAGCUGUUUCUCCUGAGGAAAACUCUGGAGGAGAUGGAGCUGCGCAUCGACACGCAGAAACAGACGCUCAACGCUCGGGACGAGUCCAUCAAGAAACUGCUGGAGAUGCUACAAAGCAAAGGUCUGUCAGCUAAAGUCAGCGAGGAGGAGCACGAGCGCACUCGGCGCCUCGCCGAGGCCGAGAUGCACAUCCACCAUCUGGAAAGCCUGCUGGAGCAGAGGGACAAGGAGACGGGCGCACUCAGGGAGGAGCUCCAUCGACGCUACGACGGAGCACCUGAUUCUGCCAAGACCAAAGCCCUACAGACUGUCAUCGAGAUGAAGGAUUCUAAGAUCAGUUCUCUAGAGCGCAGUCUAAGGGAUGUGGAGGAGGAGGUGCAGAUGCUGAAAUCCAACGGAGCUUUAAGCACAGAGGAGAGAGAGGAGGAGAUGAAGCAGAUGGAAGUCUAUCGCAGCCACUCCAAAUUCAUGAAGAAUAAGGUAGAGCAGCUGAAGGAGGAGCUGAUUCAGAGCGAGGCCCAGGCCGAGGAGCUGAGAAACCGAACAGCUGAGCUGCAGCUGGAGCUCUCUGCAAUUGACCAGGUGAAGCAGGACCUGUCCAGGAAGGACACUGAACUUCUGGGCCUGCAGACCAAACUCGAGACACUCAACAACCAGUUCUCAGACAGCAAGCAGCACAUUGACGUCCUUAAAGAGUCUCUAACUGCCAAAGAACAGCGAGCUGCUAUUCUACAAACAGAGGUGGAUGCCCUUCGUCUGCGCCUGGAGGAAAAGGAAGCCAUGCUGAAUAAGAAGACAAAGCAGAUCCAGGAAAUGUCAGAAGAGAAAGGCACACUCGGUGGAGAAAUCCAUGACCUUAAAGACAUGCUCGAUGUCAAAGAGCGCAAAGUCACUGUGCUGCAGAAGAAGAUCGAGAACCUCCAGGAACAGCUGAAGGACAAGGAGAAGCAGAUGAGUAGUCUGAAAGAGAGGGUCAAAUCCCUGCAGACUGACACCUCUAACACCGAUACAGCGCUCACUACGCUCGAGGAGGCGCUGGCUGAGAAAGAGCGAAUUAUCGAGCGUCUGAAGGAGCAGAGAGAUCGAGAUGAGAGGGAGAAGGGAGAAGAGCUGGAUAGCAGCAAGAAAGAGCUUAAGGAGCUGAAAGAGAAACUCAGCCUGCUACAAGGAGACCUGUCUGACCGUGAGACAUCUUUGUUGGAUCUGAAGGAGCACGCCUCAUCCCUGGCCUCGGCGGGUUUGAAGAAGGACUCCAAACUCAAAAGUCUGGAGAUUUCACUGGAGCAGAAGAAAGAGGAGUGCAUCAAACUGGAGAUCCAGCUCAAGAAGGCUCAGACGGCAGCUGCAGAGGCUCAGGCGAGCACAGAGCUGUCAGAGCGCAUCAGCUCCCUCGAGCAGGAGGUGAACCGACACAGAGAGGAUGCUGGGAAAGCCCAGGCUGAAGUGGACCGUCUGCUGGAGAUCCUCCGAGAGAUGGAGAACGAGAAGAACGACAAAGACCGCAAGAUCAGUGAACUGGAGAGGCAGAUGAAGGACCAGAGCAAGAAGGUAGCCACUCUGAAACACAAGGAGCAAGUGGAGAAGAACCGGAACGCACAGCUGAUGGAGGAGGCACGCAAGCGUGAGGAUAACAUGAACGAAAGCUCUCAGCAGGUCAAGGACUCUCUGAGGCAGAAAGAUGAACGAAUUGAGGAACUGGAAGAGGCCCUACGUGAAAGUGUUCAGAUCACCGCGGAGAGAGAGAUGGUGCUGGCACAAGAAGAGGCCGCACGCACACACGCAGAGAAACAGAUGGAGGAGCUGUUGGGAGCAAUGGAAAAGGUAAAGCAGGAGCUGGAGUCCAUGAAGGCCAAGCUUUCGUCUACGCAACAGUCCCUGGCGGAGAAGGAGGCCCACCUGACCACACUGCGAGCCGAGCGCAGGAAGCACCUGGAGGAGGUUCUGGAGAUGAAACAGGAGGCGCUAUUGGCGGCCAUCAGCGAGAAGGACGCCAACAUCGCACUCCUGGAACUGUCCUCCUCUAAAAAGAAGAAGACUCAGGACGAAGUGGCUCUGCUGAAGAGGGAGAAAGACCGGCUGGUACAGCAGCUCAAACAGCAGACGCAGAACCGGAUGAAACUGAUGGCCGAUAAUUACGAGGAUGACCAUCUGAAAGCUUCUUCAAAUUCAGACCAGAGUAAUCACAAGCCCUCCCCAGAUCAGAUUAUUCCCCCUCUUAUAGACCUCAAUCAGAACCGCAGUAAGCUGAAAUUGUACAUUGGCCACCUCACAGCCCUUUGUCAUGAGAGAGACCCCCACAUCCUGCAGGACCUGGCUCCACCCUCAGCUUACCACCGCAGCCAGAGGGACGCCUGGGAGGAAGAGCUACAGAAGAUGAGCCGGGAGGAGCUGGAAUCAGAGCUGGAGCAAUGCGAGCGAGAGAGCGCCGAGCUGCAGGAGUACGCCAACUCCGUCCUGCAGCAGAUCGCAGACCACUGCCCUGACAUCCUGGAGCAGGUCGUCAACGCACUGGAGGAGUCGUGCUGAACGUGACCUCGCACUCUCUUCCACUUCUCCCCCACCCCGUUCUUUUUUUUCUUCUUCUUCUUCUUCUUUUUUUGACUCAACCCUACGAGCUCAAGGACACCAGCGUGCAUCUAAACCCACACUUCCAGACGCCAGACAGGAAGGAGCUGGAGUGUAAAUUAGGAUGCACAGCUGAACAAGCCUCGUGGGGGUCGUUCCUGCAUCAGACGUCUCAUGACACUGUCUCUCAUCACCUACCUAUCCUCCUCUGUGCUGGUUAACUGCUCCAAGUCCUCCAUGUUUACAGCUCGCUCACACACACAUAUACACACUGAGAUGAAGUGGUGUGGUGCAGUAUUAAAGUAGAAGUCCAUUAAGUCCAUCAGUAUGAGUGAAACCAAAACAUCUUACCCUUAACAUGAAGAGGCUCUCGCUCUCUCUCUCUCUCUCUCUCUCUCUCUCUCUCUUUCCAUCUCUCUCCGAGUCCAUAAAUCUGCUCUCUGAUGGCCUCCAGAUGCAGGAGCACCGAAAACGUCCUUUUCUCUUUUUCUAAGCAUAUCGAGUGAGUCAUGUGAAUUCACUUUAGAGGCGUUUGCUCUCUACUGUAUCAAAUCCCAUCAUUCAGCACUGUAGGUCAAUCCAUAACCCUGUUACUACCCAGAAUUCCCUUUAGAGUUGUAUUUUAAUUUUGCCCAAAUCGUCUGGGAGAGCAGGAGAAGAACCGUCAUGUUCUGAGGAUUAUUGCCGCUACCGUUUGUUUGUCUGAAUCUUUUAAGGAAAUUAGAAAAGGGAUUAUUAUUAUUAUUAGCAGGAUUAGGAGUAGUUCCUGACACCUAGUUUUAUUACAGAUAUAGAUAUAGAUAUAAAAGAGAGAGAGAGGGAGGUUCAGGACAGGUGGUGUAUUAUGUAAAUUGUAUAGUAUCCUGAAUAAGCGUUUCACCCAAGUGACUGUUACUUCUGCUGUUUGAAAAUAAGUCAAAUCGCUCUUAUUUCAAAGGGGGGGGUUUCCGCAAUUCUUUAUCUCUAUGUCUCCUGCUCUCGAGCCCCUUGUCCCCACGUACACAAGGUGAAUCUUCUCACCGUUUAUGAUUAUAUGAGUCUCUAUCUCCAGGGCCAAGGGUGUCUGAAAGCAGGGUCAACUCAUCAUAAAUAUUGCCUCAUCAAUUACUCAUCCGGAGUGGAUUCUCCCACAGAUGAGGAUGACACAGAGACGUACCCCACAGAGACGUGCUCUCGUCUCUCAUCUCUCUCGGUUUCAACGUGCAGUCCUGCGUUUCAUUGCAGCGAUAAGCAGUGCGGUAUAUUUCCACGUCUGUGAUCUCUGCAAGGCUUUAUCUUUCUUAUUAACACACACACACACAGUCAUGCCACCAAACAGGUACAAGGAGACAGAUAAGAGAGAAAUACCUUCGUUUUACUCAAACAUGGACUCGAGUGAUUUUAUAGCACGUAUCUCUCCAUUAGCCGACGAGGUAACGGUUUCUAUUUAAGAUCCCAAACAACACACAUUAAAUUGGCAUGUGAUACGAGAUAAACUCCCUUUUUAAAUCAUAAACACGUAGUCAAAGACGUAUCCGGAUGCAAGUUACAAAGAUUAAAGACGAUCAACCUUAAAAAACAGCGUGUAUAUUACUACAGGCUCUGUUUACUUAUAAUUGGAGCAUCGUUUUAAGAAAACUGCAUGUUUUUAGAUACUAAUAUAUCUCAAUAAAGAAAUAUAAUGUUUUGAAAUGUCUACAAACAUAAUCCCUGCUUUUGGAUCAUGUUCAUUUGCGCACACAGUCACUAGUUUCUCAGGUGACUCUUUUUACGUCAGCAGUAGAUUAAAUCUAAUCGUGUUUGACACCGUCGUGUAUUUUUCAUUUUUAAGCAGUAACACACCAAACUGCUUUUUUUUAAAAAUUAUUAUUAAAGCAAACGUGCAAAAUCAGAGUGUCUAUUUUACUCAAACACACAAUCCUCAGUGUGUAACAUUUGUCUGGCACCUUUUUGUGCAGGCGCAAUCCAAUUCGCUCUUUCAGGUUUUCGCUAAAUACCCAAAAACGGUUAAACUGCUUAUGUUAAGAUGUUGAAAGUUCAAACAGAAAACAAGACGACGUCUAAGUUCGCAUUCUUCUCUCGUUAUAAAUGUGAUCUAGAUAUCCUCUAAUAGUUUUCUUUGUAUUUUUAACGUCUCCCGCGGUUUAUUUUGCUUGGUGGUUUAAACGGGUCCUCCUGCAUUUCUGUGGGAAUUCGAUGGGAAUUUUUAGACGAGUUGUAACCACGGGGGGUGUAAACUUUUGCACUCGACUCUAUUUUUCGUACGUAUAAAUGAGAUGAUCCAAAGGUUAACGAGAGCCCGUUUGUGCCAGUGUUUAAUGAUGUAGUACGUAAUGGUGCCUCGCUUUAUGUUGGCAUUACCAAGGAAACGCCCUGAGACGGCACGGCACAAACCCAAAUGAUUUUAUUACAGUUUUUAUUGCCACGAUUAAUCCUGAUGGGUUUCUUUAUGCGACAGAGCAUGCACACUAAUCUGGGCUUCUUUUUCUCUCGUCUCAUCUCUCUCACACACACACACACACACAGAGUGCACUGUGUUUUGGCUCGGUACUCUACGGCCUCUGAAAUAUGGGGCUCAGUUAUCAGGGCUGUGGCUGAGUAUCCAAGCUUAGACUAAACACUGGCCUCUCGCACAUGCUCACUCUUACACAUCCACUUUUACACACACAAGCAGGAUUUAUGAUGCACACUCUUAACGUUCCCUGAUGCCUGCCUCCAGUCAGCUCCGAAUUCAGUCAGAAAACAAGACCGAGUAACCAGAAACAGAUCAGAGAGGGAAAGUGUUGGAGGAAGAGGAAGAGGAGGAGGAGAUUCUCUCUUGCGUGUCAUAUGUAGUGACUCUCAGCUUCUCUCACUGACCUUCAAGUUUUUCAGGAUGUUUUAUUCUUCAUAUCGUCUAAAGCCGGCUCGGUUCGUUGUGUUUAAUUCUUCAUAAGUUACACGUCGCACUUUAAGUUACGGUGCCUUGCAUAUUUGGAAGAGUGGCAGGUCAGAAGCACAUCUGCUCGUAUAAUUAUGCACAAGGCAUUGCUUUAGCUUUUUUUUUUCUCUCUCUCUCUCUCUUCUCUCCCCCUCUCUCUGUCAAGUGCAUAUAGAAAGGGAGGUGAAGCCUUCAAAUGUUCUCUAGUGUUGUCUUUUAAAGCAAUGCCAUACUCAAUCCUUCAUCUUCUCAUUUCAUUGUGGAAUUUUUCCAUUAUCUAUCAGUUUGGAGCUCGCAGUCGGGUCUCCGCUCACGCCGUCUGGGAGUCGACGGUAUCGCCGAGGAUCAUUAGAAAUAAACACACAAAAACACGCCGUCACUCAUCUUUUUUUUUUCUAAAUCUUUUCUAAUAUGUGACAUGAUCGCAACAGUAAAGGCCAGCGCUCAUCUUUGAGAGUCUGAGUUAUUUGCUAUUGCUCUUGUCUGUUCACUCAGCGAUGAGAACACUGCCAGAGAAAUUCUGCCUGGACUUGUUUAACUCUCCCCCCUACACGUACACGCAUCUAUAUUUAUAUAUCAGCUGAUAAAGGGAGACGAAUCGAGUUGAACUCCGUGCUGUUGUUGGGUUGUUUUUUGUUUUGUUUUUGUUAUUUGUUUUUUUUUCCUCACAACGUCGUCUACGAAGGGGGAAGAAGUCCGUCUGAACAAAACGUCGUCGAGACGACGAUCUCUCAAAUACUUUCUAAGUGUCAAAUAAAAGCUGUUAACACAGAUCGUGAGAAGCGUUACCGUGUGGAUGAUGUAUCGUCUCUAUGUGCUCAAUACUCUACUUACGUUCGGUUCUUUAUCCCCACAUCCUGUUCAAAUGUGGGAGAUUAAAAAGUGUUGUUUUUGUUUUCUUCUUUUAAAUCACUAAUGUUUACGUGUGUUCAGGGGUUAAAAAGCCUCCCUCCAUGACUGUGCUCCACAUGUGCUCGCUGAUCCCUAGCCUUGUUUUAACUACUAAAACUGUGACUCUGGAUCGCAGGUCAGCUUUAUUCGAGCGUGAAACACAAUCCGGACGCUUUUCUGUUUCCUGUCGUUUAGCGCUCGUGUUUAAAAACGACACUCACGUGUUACGACCCUUUAAGUAGCUCUCUAUUAAAUAGUUUACUUAUCCACUCGUGUACUAUCGACAUUGUUUACUUAAACGCUCCGCAUUUUCCAUGCAUCCGUCACGUCCGUUCCCAUCCGUUUACAGAGAACCGAAAGAGCGUUAAAACAGCUGCUGAAGGAUCAGGACACGUUCGUCUGCGUGACACCGAAUGCAGCCGAGUCUACUGUUAAAAUGAACCAAAGCUGAACUGAAGGCUCCUUAUGUUAAGUCGUGAAGGUCAAACCAAAGACGUGCAACUUUCUGAGAGUUUUUGUAUCCCCCUUUUUAUUACUAUUAUUUUUUUUUCCUCCCUCUAAUGACAGAAUGCACAGAUUGACCACACAUUGUGAAGUCCACCAAAUCGGGCUCCUCUCUUAUAUCUCUUAUAUCUUACAUCCUCAUUUCAGAGGAUUUAUAAAAUAUCUAUAAUAUUGUAAUUAAGUGGUUCCUUUUCCCCAGCACACUGUCACAGUCCUGGAGGGUGCCUACCCCAUUUCCACCUUAAUUUAAUACAUUUAAUAAAGGAAAAUAUGUUUUAAAAAACAGUUCUUUACCAUAUCUGGGUUUCAUUUGCUUCCUUAUAUAUAUA